UAAAUUUUAAAAUACAAAAUGUCAGCGAACAAGAAAACAGAAGCAAUGACAUAUGAGGAAGCCGACAGCUCCAGCGACGAAGAAGCUCAAAAUAACGAAAGCAAUGGCAAGCGGGAACAUGAAGAAGAAGAAGACGAUGAUGAGGAUAUGAAAAGUGAGGACAGCGAAGAAUCGUACACGGAUAUCUACAAGGGCACGGAGGAGCUGCAAGUGGAGUUUGAAGGACGCGCUCCGAUAGAUCCCGACGCGGAGGGCAUUUCGCAGCUGCUGCAGCGUCUCUUUCCGCGCGCCCAAAUCAAUUGCAAUCAGUUGGCCCAAUUGCUUAUUGCUCAAAAUUUUGUGGGCAGCGUUAUUUGCCAGUGCCUGGACGAUGGGCCCGAGAGCGAAACGGAUGACAACAUGGUCGAGGACGAUACCAUCUUUGGCAUUACCUCCGUGCUGAAUCUAACGGCCAAAAAGGAGCAGACCGUCAUUGAACAGCUGCGCAAAUAUCUGCUGGAACGCGCCGAGAAGCAUGCCACAAAGCAGGUGCACAAGCAGCUGUGCGAGCUGCUGGACAACGAACAGAGCCACGUCGGCUUCCUGAUCAACGAGCGCUUCAUCAACAUACCCGCACAGAUAUCCGUGCCGUUGUUACAGAACCUGCAGCAGGAGAUCGAGACGGCUAAGGCCAAGAAAAUGAAAUUCAAUUUCGAUACGCUGCUGCUGCUGGUCAAAUUCCAUCGGAAUGCGGCCAAGAAGAGCACCUCCGACGAGGAUCAGUAUACCAAUGCCGAGGAGGAGCUGCUGGUCGAGCGUUCCAAGUUCAGUUUUGAGUUCACCGUGGAUGCCGAAUGCGAUGCGGGCCUGGCCGAUGAGAGCCCGCGUGCCAAGAAGGGCGUCCUAAAGCCGUACAGAAAACUCUUGGCGCUGGAUGCCAAACAGCUGCCGCAGCUAAUUAACGACAUACAGGCCUUUAUAAAUGGGGAAUAGGAUUUAUAAUCCACAUUGAAUAUAUAGUAUAUUAUAUAUUUAUGUAGGCCCAGUAAACGAACUAAGUUGACAUAUUUUUAGAUUAUAUUUUUCUAUAACUGCAAAUAAAAAAUAAAUGUAAUUAA